CUCAUCUUAAAAUAGAUCUUGGCGGGAGCGACCGCCUGCUAUUUCAGUGAUGUCCGGGCUGUGGGGUUGGUGGCGUCGGGAGAGGGAAGAGGCACCGGCAAAAUGCACCGAACCCGAAACGGAAGAAGAUCAAGUCAAAGAAGACGGAGAUGGGGAAGAGAAAAGUUCAACGGAUACAGAAAGUAGCGAAACAGAUUCCGAUUCCCAAAAAUCUGGGGAUGAGACUGUAAUAGAUAACAGGGAAAUCGGCGUAACCGAUGACUCACCAAUCAGUACCGAAGAGCCCUCAGCAGUAUCGGAUUACGAUGAAGUAAAAGAGAUGUCAAACCUUCCCGAACAAGAAAUAAAAGUUGAGGCAAUAGAGAGUGCGGUGGAGAAUGUGUUGGAGGAGCUGGCCGUUGAGGACCACGAGUGGUCUGACGAUGAGUGGGACGCGGCUCAGGUACCCACUGUAACGCUGACGCUCAACUUGAAGCCCGAGGAAGGUGUCUGCACCAUGGAAGAGAGCGUCACACCUCUUUACGAACCUCCUCCCUGCCUGUACUCCGCGGACGCCAAGCUGGCCCCGGUGUACUCCACCGUCAACAAGGUUGCGCAGAAGGAGGACCAAGUUUCCGCAGAUAUCCCAAUUACCCCUGAACCAGAGGAACAGGUUUACCAAGAGCUACCAUUAGAAGAGGAGCGAACACGAACUCCAACUCCUGUUCCGCCUCCUAUACCUCCUCCGGACUGGGACGAUUUCAAAAAGGACGUCAUCUGGAGAAUAGGAAAGAUAAGGAGGAUGAAGAAAUGGAUCGGGGGAACAAAAGUCAACAACAUCCCUAAUCGCCUCUCCAAGAUGCUUAGCCAGGAUUACCUUUGCCACCAGGUGAGUUACUCUCAAAUAUCUAACAUCGAAGAAUAA